UUGUGUGCAUGAAUGAGCGUGUUUUAUUUAUUGCCUCUCGUAAACCAGCUGGCUUAACUUGGAAAGCUGUGUGUUAUAUAUUUAGUAUAGUAGUCUAUAUUGGAGCUAUAUAUAUUUUAUAGUGUGAUGAAUGAAGCUGUUGGAAUUAAUGGCAUGUAGGUGGUUAGGGAGGUGCAACAGUCUAGGAAUGGGGUAGUGGUGAAGACAGAGGAUGGUUCCGUAUACGAAGCUAAUUAUGUGAUUGUGUCUGCGAGUAUAGGUGUUCUCCAAUCCAAUCUUCUCUCCUUCCAGCCUCCUUUACCCAGAUGGAAAACAGAAGCUAUACAAAAAUGUGACGUGAUGGUGUACACGAAGAUCUUCCUCAAAUUCCCUCAUUGUUUCUGGCCUUGUGGUCCUGGUCAAGAGUUUUUCAUCUAUGCACACGAACUACGCGGCUACUUCACCUUUUGGCAGCACAUGGAAAAUGCGUACCCGGGUUCUAAUAUUCUGGUGGUGACGUUGACUAACGAACAGUCGAAGCGCGUGGAAGCUCAAUCAGACCAGGAGACACUGAAAGAGGCAAUGAGUGUUCUCAGGGACAUGUUUGGGUCUACCAUUCCUUACGCAACCGAUAUUCUUGUCCCCAGGUGGUGGAACAACCGGUUUCAACGCGGUAGCUACAGUAACUACCCUAUGAUAUCUGAUAACAAGCUCCUGCAAAAUAUCAAGGCCCCAGUUGGACGAAUAUUCUUCACAGGAGAACACACAAGUGAAAAGUUCAGUGGGUAUGUACAUGGAGGAUACCUUGCAGGUAUGGAGACAAGUAAAUCUUUAUUGGAAGAGAUGAAGCAGAGUUUGUUGUUACAACCUUUACUCGCCUUCACCGAGUCUCUAACGCUAACACAACAGACUCCUAACUCUCAAAUAUACCCAAAUGUCAAUUUUAUCUCAGGCAGAAGUUAGAAACCCA